AUGGAUUCACCAUCAUCGCUUUUGCCGUCCAAGGAUACAAGAAUAUGCCUUUCAUCUGCUCAUAUUGGAACCAUCAAAUACGUUGGACAUGUCGACGGUACACAAGGGCUCUGGUUGGGUGUCGACUGGGAUGAUCCGUGUCGGGGCAGACAUGAUGGCGUCAAGGAUGGCAAGCAAUACUUCUCCUGUCGCGUAAAAAAUGCAGGGUCUUUCAUCCGUCCAUCCUCCUCAGUUUGCUAUGGAUACUCCUUUUUGCGUGCUUUGACAACAAAGUACAUCGAGAUCGCUCACGGUCCAUCCUCUCACGAAAAAAUAACUUUGGGCUCAUCCAACGGUGCGAUCGAGGUGGAGGCUGUUGGUUUAGACAAGAUCAGGACCAAAUUUGCAAACCUGUCUCGUCUACGCGAAGUAAGCCUUGAUUCAGAAAAGGUUGCAUUUUCCGAUCCGGAAGGUGAAAUCAAUAAAACCUGUCCAAAUGUGCGCGGCCUGGAUUUAUCUGCCAGCCUACUGCCAACGUGGGACAUGGUAUCUCUGAUCGCAUCUGAACUGCCUUUGCUGGAGAGAUUGGCUUUGAACCGAAAUCGUUUCACUCCUCUGAAAAAUUGCUUGAACCCUUCGAACUUUCUCAAGUUGACUGAGUUACAACUAAAUGGCACCAUGAUGACCUGGGAAGAGCUGACAUCUGUCAUCGCUUUCAUGCCCAAAUUACGAAUUGUUGAAAUGGGAUACAACACAUUGAGUCAUCUGUCAUCUAGGCAGUCCUUGCCUGCUGUGCACGCAGGGCUUGAGGUCAUCAAUUUUGAUAGCAAUGAACUGGUAGAUUGGUCUCAUCUAUGUCAUGCCCUCGGGCCUUAUACCAGUCUCGAGCGCUUGAUCUUGGCCUCUAACCGAAUCAUGGAUAUAGCGGCGCUCGACAAUCAACUAUCGCCCUUGCACAGGAUCAAGCACCUAGCCUUGUCCUUUAAUCAGCUUCACCAGUGGCUUGCUUUUGAUCGCUUGUAUGACUGGUGUCCCAAUCUUGAAACAUUGAGCAUCACUGGUAAUCCGUUGUUGAAAGAUCUGGAGAUGGGACGUCACGCCAGACAGUUCGUCAUUGCUCAAAUACCGUCUUUACUGAUGCUCGACUCAGCUGCCAUAUCGCCAAAAGAGCGAACCGACUGCGAAUUGUUUUAUCUUUCAUACAUCGCAAAAACAGUGCGCGGUUGCCAGGAAGAAAAGUACAAUGAGCACCCUCAAUGGAAAGCAUUAUGCGCAAAACAUGGUAAACCAGCUGAUGUAGCAUCCAAGAAAAGUCAUGAAGAUAAACUGAGUAACCUUUUGAUCCACGUCCAUGUCUACCAGUGUUCGGGCGACCCUGAGAACGUCACCGAUGAAGAAGCGCCUCCAAUUGAUUUACGCGUUUUAUCGACAAUGACCAUUCGCACCUUCCGCCUCAAAUUGGCCAAAUCUUUUAAAGCGACAAGAAAUGCAAAGAUCUCACUGUGGUUGAAGAUGCCUGACGACAAGUUUGUAGCAUUGAAUGAAAACGAUGACCAGGACCUUGCCUGGUGGGGUAUAGAAAAUGCAUCAAAUAUAUUCGUAAACAUUCAAUUACGUAAAUAACCAUGUACAACAAAAUAUCAUAGCACUCAAAUUUCAACGCCGCAUGUUAACUAUAAAACAAAUAACAUC